AUGAUUGCAUUAAGAAGAAUGCAGAGAUUGUUGGAAACGAAACCAGUCAUCGAAUCUAAACUAAGCAAACGACAGAAUAUGUCUCCUUUAAAAGUUUAUUUUAAAGGCAGGAGGUAUAAACCACACUUAGUUAGAACAGAGAGUUUCAAACCAGAAAAACCAGCCUUGAUGAGUCUUCAAAAGAUUGAGGACUUCCAAGCUGUUCAACCUCAAGCUGUGCUCGAAAACAUUUCCAGUUUGUGGAACUAUUCGUCAGAUCGCCCAGCAUUACAAAACGUUUCAUUGCAAGCUUCUAGUGGACAACUUAUAGGUAUAACUGGACCAGUAGGGAGUGGCAAAACAUCUUUAUUGAUGACCAUCUUGGGAGAAAUUCCAAUAUCAUCUGGUCAAAUGUCAUGUACUGGAAAAAUGGCUUACGUAUCCCAAACGCCUUGGGUCUAUUCUGGCACGGUGAGAGAGAACGUUGUAUUUGGUAUGCCUUUCGUCGAAGAAAAGUUUAAUAAGAUCAUCGAAGUGUGCGACCUAGGAAAAGAUCUAUCACGAUUUCCAAAACGUGAUCUCACGGAGAUAGGACAACGUGGAGUAAUCCUGAGUGGCGGUCAGCGUGCACGAGUGAGUCUGGCACGAGCAAUUUACUCAGAUGCUGAUAUCUACUUACUAGAUGAUCCUCUCAGUGCAGUGGAUGCCAAAGUCGGCAAACAUUUGUUUAAAAAAUGUAUUGACGGAUUUCUAGCUGGGAGGGUGCGGAUUUUGGUGACACACCAAUCACAGUUCCUCCAACAUACAGACAACGUUGUAGUACUUCACAAUGGUUCCGUAGAGUACCAAGGUACCUUUGGUCACAUGGAGAAAGAAAGGAUGAGAAAUUUUUCUAUUGUUUCUCAAAGAAGUCAAGAGAAUGAUAUAGAUGAUCAUGGAAACGUUUUUGGUGAAGCUGUCAAGAGCGUCAAUAUUGUCCAUAAACUUGGAAAGAGAGUGGAUCUUAAAGAAGAGGAAGAGGAUCGAAUGGUUGGGACUGUAAAAUGGCAAUUGUAUUGGAAAUACUUUAGAGCCUCCCUUUCAACUGGUCUUAUUUUUAGCCUUGCCUUCUUCUUCGUCGUUGUCCAAGGUAUUUAUAUAUAAGUAUAAAAUUAAUAGGACAGUAAGUGUCAUGCGCUUUGGGUGCUGUCAUAAGACAGUUAAACUUCAAUGGGCUUUUUGUUUGUUUGUUUUGUUUACUUCUAGGAAAAACUCAAGGGAUAUCUUGUGCUUGUCUCUGAUUUUGAUUUUGUUAUGAUUCAAUGCAUGGUAAAAGGUCUUCUUAUAUUAUCGUCGGUCGUCUUGUCGUUCGGUCUGCAAUCAUACUCGUAAUCAAACAAAUUAGACUCUUGCUACGUGGUCGUCCUUUUAAUCUCUGGUACAAUCACACGUCAAACUGGACUCCGCUAUGUCAUAUUAACAUUAUACGCUUAAUGUCUGUAUCUCUCCUUGGAUGACUUCGGAAACUGUUGCUUACUAGAUUGAGAGGUGUUGAGUUUGUUUUUUUCCAAUUUUCCCGUCUUCUGUAACGCCACUUUCAUGGUUCCAUGCUUUGAUCUCGUGCUGAUCACGAGGGGAGUAUAAUUACUCAAAUUUAUCACGAUAAGGAUACAUUUUAAUUUAGUCAAUGCCACCUGACUAAGAAUCAACCAAUGGCUGUCCCUGUUUAGUUGAGUGAAAGUCUAAGGAUAUAACAGUAUACAGCGCAACCUCGAUAUAACGAACCUCUAUNCUAUCACGAUUUCCAAAACGUGAUCUCACGGAGAUAGGGCAACGUGGAGUAAUCCUGAGUGGCGGUCAGCGUGCACGAGUGAGUCUGGCACGCGCAAUUUACUCAGAUGCUGAUAUCUACUUACUAGAUGAUCCUCUCAGUGCAGUGGAUGCCAAAGUCGGCAAACAUUUGUUUGAAAAAUGUAUUGACGGAUUUCUAGCUGGGAGGGUGCGGAUUUUGGUGACACACCAGUUACAGUUCCUCCAACAUACAGACAACAUUAUCAUACUUCACAAUGGUUCCGUAGAGUACCAAGGUACCUUUGGUCACAUGGAGAAAGAAAGGGUGAGAAAUUUUUCUAUUGUUUCUCAAAGAAGUCAAGAGACUGACAUAGAUGAUCGUGCAAACGUGGUUGGUGAAGAUGAAGCUGUCAAGAGCGUCAAUAUUGUCCAUAAACUUGGAGAGAGAGUGGAUCUUAAAGAAGAGGAAGAAGACCGAAUGGUUGGGACUGUAAAAUGGCGAUUGUAUUGGAAAUACUUAAGAGCCUCCCUUUCAACUGGUCUUAUUUUUAGCCUUGCCUGCUUCUUCGUCGUUGUCCAAGGUAUUUAUAUAUAACUAUAAAAUUAAUAGGACAGUAAGUGUCAUGCGCUUCGGGUGCUGUCAUAAGACAGUUAAACUUCAAUGGGUUUUUUGUUUGUUUGUUUUGUUUACUUCUAGGAAAAACCUCAAGGGAUAUCUUAAGCUUGUCUCUGAUUUUGAUUUUGUUAUGAUUCAAGGGUGAAAAGUCUUCUUAUCGUCGGUCUUCUUGUCAUUCGGUCUGCAAUCAUACUCGUAAUCAAACAAAUUAGACUCUUGCUACGCGGUCGUCCUUUUAAUCUCCGGUGCAAUCACACGUCAAACUGGACUCCGCUAAGUCAUAUUCUUGGAUGACUUCGGAAACUGUUGCUUACUAGAUUGAGAGGUGUUGAGUUUGUGUUUUUCCAAUUUUCCCGCCUUCUGUAACGCCACUUUCAUGGCUCUAUGCUAUGAUCUCGUGCUGAUCACGAGGGGGGUAUAAUUACUCAAAUUUAUCACGAUAAGGAUACAUUUUAUUCUAGUCAAGGCCACCUGACUAAGAAUCAACCAAUGGCUGUCCCUGUUUAGUUGAGUGAAAGUCUAGGGAUAUAACAGUAUACCUAAGAAAAUCACUUCUCAUAAACUAACAAUGACUAGAAACCACUGGAUCAAAUACACAAUUUGUUUGUUUGUUUGUUUGUUUUUGUUGUUGUUUCAGUUUUAUGGAUCGCUCCGUAUUGGUGGGUUUCACGAAUGAUCGACAUGCCAAAAGAAAAACAGAAGGACUAUACAACGCUCCUGGUGUAUGGGUCCAUUGUCACAUUAUCCUUGGUGUUUACAAUUCUAUCCUCAUUUUGCUUUUAUCUGACAGCUUUAAAGGCAUCAGAAAAUCUUCAUAACAAGAUGACUAAAGCGGUUAUUGAAGCACCAGUCAUCUUCUUUGACACAAACCCAGUUGGUCGUAUCUUAAAUCGAUUCUCUAAAGACAUUGGUAGUAUGGACAUUAUGCUUCCACCACAAUUUCUCCUCGCAGUGCUAUGUUGUCUUUAUUUCUUCAGUGCUACCAUCCUGUCUGCUGUGGUAAACGUGUGGUUAUUUAUCAUUUGUGUUCCACUGACAAUUUUGUUUAUCUACCUUGCAAAGUAUUAUUUGAAAUCCUCUCGGGAAAUCAGACGGCUGGAGGCAGUGACUUGUAGCCCUGUUUAUUCACUCAUUGCCGAUACUAUAGCAGGAUCAGAAGAAAUUCGCUCAUCAAAGAUGGAAGAUGAUUUCCUGCAGAAAUUUUUCAAGUAUGUAACUUAAUUUGCUCCUGAACGCGGCGUUCGGUAUGUUAUGCUGACGAAUAUGGGUGUAACUUUAAUUCUUAUAUUUUCAUUUUUGUAAGCAUAAAGACCAGUUAAAAUAAUUGUUCUAGGUGUACAUAGCAUUUGAAAUGAUUAUAGUUUAACUUUUCCUAAAGUAUGAUUAACACUAAGCGUAGACCAGCAGGCGGGUAUGUUUCUAUUAAACACUCAGUGAUUCAUAAGAACUGGCAAUAAAAGACAAAAAAAGGAGAACACAUUUCUUCUGUGUAAAUUACUUUAGGUACCAAGACAAAAACACAUCAGCCUUAAUAAUGCUACUGGCAUCAACACACUGGCUUGGGCUCCGUGGAGAUUCAAUAAGCAACGUUCUUGUGACGUCUGUUUCAGUUGGAGCCAUGUUAGCGACACAAAGCCCAGGUGGGUAUCUUUAUCGUCCUCGUCCCGGUCGUUCAAACAAUGGAUAGCGCUAUCCAACCGAAAAAUCACUAUCCAGCGGAUAAGUAUUAGGGAAACCAACUGCGUUAUCCACAGGAUAGAGAUUUAUCCAGUGGAUAGUGUUAUCUCCGUUUCGAACAACUGGGCCCUCGAGAAUAAGCUACUUUAUUUGAGAAGAUUUUUUUUCAGCAUCUACUUAUCCCUAAAAUGCUAGUUAAUUUGUUUUUAAAAUGAUCACAAGCCCUUUUUUCCACAAUGAAACCAAGACGAACGCCUGGCGGUGCCUCAUUCUGGAAAAUCGGCUAACUUGGUGUCAGAAAACAAAGAGUCGUUUUCUAUAAGCCAAGAUGCGCCAAUAUUGAAUGCGUUUGUAACAGAAACAACGACAAAUAUAUUAAAAGUAUAUAGAGCCACUGUAUUCAGCCAAAUAAAGAUUUUCGUAAGGUUGACGUAGUCUCAGACUGGUAAUAUGAAAUGAAAAAGAGCGAAAACAGCAUUGAAUUGUGAAACCAGUGAACUCAUGUUUCACAGUCCACCAGUAUAUUUUUAACAGAGAUGUCGUACUAUAAGACGCGCGUCAGAGGUUCCCUUAAGUUUUUAUACCUCAUUGAUACAGGAAAGUGAUAGGAAAACUUACUCGUGGCACUGGGGGUAGAACCAAUUUCAGGAACACCGACCCCAACAAGUUCCUCAAGGGAAAAACUUUCUGAGGGUUAAUAUUUCAGUAAGUCUGUAUGUCCGUCAUAAUUAAAAGGAUAACCAUUGGAUUCUGAUGCUUUAUGAACUAAAGCGGCUAAGCCUUCGUUUACUUUCCUAUCAGCUGUAACAGGUACAUAUUUUGUCUUUGCUCUUAACCCGGUCUUCCGAUUAAGUAUUACUCUGUCUGGUCGUCUACUAAUUCUCGGAAAGUAGUAAGAAAACGUUUGUGUUUGUUUGCAGCGUUGGCUGGCAUGUCUCUGACAUUCGCACUGGAGACGUUAGAGGCUGCACAGUAUGGCAUUUACGUCGCUUCGGAGACAGAAAAUCACAUGACAUCAGUGGAAAGAGUGUUUACCUACACUGAAAUCGAUCCAGAGCCUGGGUAUUACGCAGAAACCCAAUCCCCUCCUGAAGACUGGCCAACAGCGGGCUCCAUGGCAUUACAUGACUUGUCGCUUACAUAUUUGGAAGGUGCUCCAUCAAUUUUGAACGGCAUAAACGUUUGCUUCGCAGCUCAGGAAAAAGUUGGAAUAGUAGGUCGCACUGGAGCUGGAAAAUCGUCUUUGGUGGCUGCUUUGUUCCGAAUGCCAGAACCAGAAGGCAGGGUAAGAAUAGUCUUCUUCUUUUCUUUUUGUUACGAUAUAUCGCGAUGUUGUAGUUGGCAGCAACAUGUUUUGGUGUUGCUGGAAGCUCUUGACAACGCUUAAAUAAGGCCAAACUUUUGAGUCAAAAAGUCUCGACGUUUAUGUUUCAUAAUAGCUGGGUGUUUUCUUUUUCAAAGCUUUCCCAGCCAUUCUCGUCCCAAGAGGCGUGAUCCAUUUGGCCAGUGCCUGGCACGGAUCUAGAGCUCUGGCUGGGACCAGGAUAACACGCAGGCGCAGUAGUCUCACAUUUUAGUAACCGUUGGUAACCCUUUUCGCUUCAAAUUUUUGAGGAUGCACAGAAAGCCUGAAGCCCUUCAUUUGAGGAGUUCCGGCAUCUACUCUAGCUUUCGAUCUGCAGCAUUUAUCACAAGGAUCAAAGCCUUGGGGACGAGAAUGUUGUGCACUCGAAUGCGUAUUACUUGUCGUAUCCUUAGUAGUAUCCAAUGCGCAUGCAUGCAAGAAUUAUAUACAUAGUAAAUGCCAGAAAAACAAAAAGCUGGUCGAAUGCAUUACAUUUGCUUUCACAGGUGAUCAUAGACAAUGUCAACAUCAAAGAUCUCAAUCUGCAGGCGGCUCGCAGGUCCAUGGCUGUUAUAACUCAGGAUCCUGUCCUCUUCAGCGGCAGCCUCAGAAGUGGAUUACAAAACAGAUCGUCUGAUUCAAGAAGUUAUACGCAACAGAUUUCAAGAUUCUACAGUGAUUACCAUCGCCCAUCGCUUGAACACCAUCAUGGACUAUGA